AUGGGGAUUUGUCAAAAAAAAAUAAUUCAAACUUCGAAUAUUAAACAAAUUGGGCCUACUGAUCUAGAAACCUAAAUUACCAUGAUUAAAAUCCAUCAUUUUGGUAGAUUACUAAUCCAAUAUUAAAGAUAAGAACUCACAAUCCUACUUAGUGAAGGAUGGCUCUGAUUAAAAAGAAAAGAUAAUGACAGUAGUACACAAAAUAAAUGAUGACCAAUUAAAAUUUAUUUUGAACAUAACCAGUUAAAAUAUACAUAAAAUAGAAAAAGUAUAUUAAACUGAUUCCUAUUCAAUAAUAUUUCAAUAGUACUAAUUUUCAAUAUUUCAGAAAACCCUAGGGUCUGUCCAUAUUUGAGUAUUGCCUUAAGCAAGAGACAUUUGAUGAAUUAUAGGCCAAAUAGUUAUUCAAAUAAUUGAUCUAAACUUUAAAGAUGUUAAAUGAUUUAAAAAUUACAUAUAAGUAAUUAUAUAUUUAGAUUUAGUUUGCGAUCUCCAAAUCAAAUUCUAGUUACACCUUAAGGGAAUAUUUUGUUGAAUGGAAUUUAUAUCAAAUACAAAAAGGAACCAUUUACUCUAUAAAUCUUUAACCCUCCAGAAACUGAAUAAUUGGAUGUAGAGAAAUUAAACGUAUGGAAUUGCGGAAUCCUACUUUACAUUUUAUUGAAAGGCUCCUUACCUAAUAAAUAUAAAUAUCUAUAUCCUUAUACAGUGAAGGAACCCCAAAAAUAAAUACUAUUUGAUCCUGAAGAUCCCACAAUUCCAUUUCUUUAAAGAAAGCUAUUGAUUGAAAUGUUGAAUGAAUAACCUGAAUAGAGAUUAAAUUACAAUCAAAUAUUGCAUAAUUAAUGGAUUAUUGGAAGUUCAACCAAUGUAACUCCAAGAUAAGUUAUAAACAGAGAAGUUGUUUAAUUUGACAAAUAUUUAUUAUAAUGCAUUUAACUUGAUUAAUAUUUAAAGGAAUUUAUUGAAACCUAUGCUCAUCUUCACAUAGGCCAUGAUAGGAUGUUAUAAUCUUUUUCAAAAUUUGACUUAAAUAGAUCAAAAAAGAUUUAGCGAAAAGAUUUAAAUUAUAUAAAGUAGGUUUUAAAAAAUGAGGCAUUGAUUCUCAGUAUUUUACACUUUAGUGAAUCCAAAACCACCUUUGUUUAUGAAGGUAUUAUAUACUCUUAUAAAGUUAGAGUGUCUUUAAUAAUGGGAAUAAAAUAUAAUUUAAUAAAAAGUAGAAAGUCUGAAGUCUUGUUUUCCUAAUUAGGAGGUCAAAAAAUCCCAAGUUAUUAACUAUUUAUAGCCAAGAAAGAAGAAAUAUGAAGAUGGAUUAAUCUUAAGUGACAAUUCUUAGAUGAUUACGAAUCUAACAAAAGAUAUUUAUUAGUUUGAUGAAUUUAUUUUAGAAGUUGAGAAAGGAAUUAAGGAAAAGGCAAAAUACUUUAUUAAGAACCAAAAAGUUUUUAUUAAGUCAGAGGAAAUUUAAUAGGAAUUUAAUCAAUUAUUGAAUAUUUUAAAAUCCGAUUAAGAAUACUAGUCUAAUAAAAUCCAGUAAAAUGGGAUCAAGCAAAUCUAACAAAUUUUAGGAUAGAAUAUUAUGCUGAAUUUAGUAUUGUAAAAAGAAAUAAUAGAUCACUUAGAAUAGUUUGAGAAAUAGGAUUAAUAAAAGAGAUACAAAUAAUUAUUAAACUAAAUGAUGAAUAAAUUAUAAUGA